CUUAGGGCUUUUCUUCAGCAUGAAGGUAUAAAGAAAAAAAAAAUUCUCUUCCUCCCUCAAACUGUAGAACACAUAUGUAAAUCCCUUGUUUUUUUUUUUUCCUGGUGAGGCAGGGAAGGCCAUAGCCACAAUGCUUAGCUGCAUGCUUCCAACAUGGGGCUGGUUUUAACCCAGCGCUCUGACCUAAACUGCUCAGCUCACGGAAAUUCCAAGGAACCUGGUGGCCUUAGUCCUUCAGGUGAAUCAGCGUGCGACAUGGGAAAGAAAACCAAGAGGACAGCUGACAGUUCUUCCUCAGAGGAUGAGGAGGAGUACGUGGUGGAGAAGGUGUUAGACAGGCGCACGGUCAAGGGGCAAGUGGAAUACCUGUUGAAGUGGAAAGGCUUUUCUGAGGAGCACAAUACUUGGGAACCCGAAAAGAACUUGGAUUGUCCUGAACUAAUUUCUGAGUUUAUGAAAAAGUAUAAGAAGAUGAAGGAGGGUGAAAACAACAAGCCCAGAGAGAAGUCAGAAGGAAACAAGAGGAAAUCCAGUUUCUCUAACAGUGCUGAUGAUAUAAAAUCUAAAAAAAAGAGAGAGCAGAGCAAUGAUAUCGCUCGGGGCUUUGAGAGAGGACUGGAACCAGAAAAGAUCAUUGGGGCGACAGACUCCUGUGGUGACUUAAUGUUCUUAAUGAAAUGGAAAGACACAGAUGAAGCUGACCUGGUUCUUGCAAAAGAAGCUAAUGUGAAGUGCCCACAAAUUGUGAUAGCGUUUUAUGAAGAGAGACUGACGUGGCAUGCGUAUCCAGAAGAUGCGGAAAACAAAGAGAAAGAAAGCUCAAAGAGCUAAAGGAGGAUGGUCUCUGCCAUUUCUCUUUGUAUAUACCACAUUCACCUUCCUGCCUCCUCUCCCUUCACCUUCCCUUUCCAUCCUAAACACAUCCAUAAAAGUAUGUGCUCGCCACUGUGCUUCAUGGAGAGGUGUUGGUAUUGGUUCUCUUGUAAUAUAGCUGACGGUUGGACCCAUAAGUGUAACUGUGAAAACCAAGCAUUUACAUGCUGUGUGUAAUUCCCAGUUUUUUCUUUACCCUCAUCUUUUCCUUCUGUUCCCAUAUUACUUUUUAAUCACCUUAGAGUCACGAAUUUUUGAGGCCAGUUACUUUUUAGACUGGGGGAUUUUGUUACAGUGGUGAUGACUUCAGUUUCUUGAUUAUUAUUGGAAUAUAUUGAUGACCAGCUGGCCUUUAUUUUGACGUACUAGGGUGGAAAGGAUGUUGUCCUUCUUUUAGAAAGUCAAUAGCAGUGGCCUACUUGUAUCUUUUCCAGUUUCAUUUAGCUCUGCCAGGACAAUAAUAGGGUUCUUGGUGUGGUCUUCUGGACCGCCCCUGUCCGUCCUCACUUACCCUAUUGUAACAACACUGUCUUUCUGAGAACUUGAAACUUUACAUUUAAAUCUGUCAAGGCACUCUCUUUAGCCCUCAAACGUUUUCGGCCUUGUUAUUGUUCCUGAUUCUGCUCCUUUUUGGUGGCAUCAGUUUGUCAUCAAGUGACAAGAUGACUGUGGGGUCUGUAAGCUGUAGUACAGGAAGAUAGUGGGUGGGGCCAGAGAGAGUUGUCUUCAGUAUCGCAUGGUUUGUAUGUAUUCUUUCCUUUCACCCCUCAUAUGCAGACUCUAUUUAUGUAGGUGUGAGUGAUUGCCUGGUGCUUGCUUGUGCCAAGGUGCUGGGCACCCUCUAACCCUGCCAACUUCUAUGGCCUCCCAAAGCUUCCUGUUACCAAAGCGGCGUCAGCAAAUUCACCUCUCAAUGGACUCACAUUCCCUUCCGUGCCCUUAUUUUCAGUUGGGAAUUCAUAGAGAGAAGCUACUAGCCGUAGUAUCAGUCUUUAAAUGCUCACAGUAGUACUGAUCUGUAAUUUUACCAUCUCAUGACAAAGUAUUAAUGCUACUCGCCUUCUCUGCUCUCAGGCUUUUAGUUAUGUCUUACUUUUAAAACUGUCUUUUCAUAGAAGACUAUCAUCUCAGAAAGUGUCAGGUCUUAAUACUAGCUUUUUGACACAACCUUCUCUCAAAACAAACUUUCCUUUUUGGUUUACUCUUGCUAUUCUAUUGAGAAAAUUUUCUGGUUCUACUUUGCUUUUCUGUCAUUUGAGAAAUGUUCACGUCCUCUUCAUUCGUGUGGUAAUUGAGGAGGCUGGAGAAUCAGGACUGGAAGUAAGGAAGGAUUUGGAGCUCAGUACUCUUGUCCUAGCUCCAAGAUGAGGAAAAAAGAAUAAGUGCUGACUUCAUCAGCUACUGAGACUGCUCCUGUUGUUGCUUCUGACUCUUAAAACAUAGCUGUCUAGGCUGGAGCAUCUAGCCAUUUCUGGAUUGUUCAUAGUCGUGAGAGAAGUGGAUGGAGAACUCCAGGCCACAGAUGAGCCAAGUGAUAAGCAAAUCGUAGACCCAGUCAUAGCUUUUUUUUUUUUUUUUUUUGUUUUGUUUUGUUUUUUGGUUUUUUGAGACAGGGUUUCUCUUUGGCUUUGGAGCCUGUCCUGGAACUAGCUCUGUAGACCAGGCUGGUCUCGAACUCACAGAGAUCCUCCUGCCUCUGCCUCCCGAGUGCUGGGAUUAAAGGCGUGCGCCACCACCGCCCGGCCAGUCAUAGCUUUUGUUAACAUUGCUUUCCUGCCUAGCUGAUGAUUGAAUUCUGUGUGCUUGUAUAAAUUAUGUCAACUGCGCAGUUGAGAAGGCAGCUGAAGCUUUGCUGUAAGUCAGCCUGGAAGACCCUGUGAAUGGUGAUGUGGUUGGGGAAUGGCACCUGACCCAUACCUCGGUUUCUCGCUACAGUCCAUGUUCUCUGAAGGUGUUAGAGGCUAGAUCAAGUGCUGCAUCAGUGACUUUGUACUGUGGUUGAGAAAGGGGGUGGUGGUUAGAAAGGUUUGUCAUGCAGGCAUCCCAGGAUGCCUUGGGGUGGAUGAAAAUCGGACAGAGGUGAUCUGAGUCUCUUGAUUGAAGGAAAGGACAGCCUGGGACAGCCUGUCUGGGUAGUCAGUAGGUAGUAGAAUUGGAGUGGCCAAAUUUUUUUUUUUUUUUUUUUGGUUUUUCGAGACAGGGUUUCUCUGUGGUUUUGGAGCCUGUCCUGGAACUAGCUCUUGUAGACCAGGCUGGUCUCGAACUCACAGAAAUCCGCCUGCCUCUGCCUCCCAAGUGCUGGGAUUAAAGGCGUGUGCCACCACCGCCCGGCCCAAAUUUUUUUAAAGCAAAGUCUUAGCCUGUGGGCCAAACAACGAUGAUAUUUGGUACUAAGGUUGCUCCUAAGCCAGGCCUGGUGGCUUAAGCACAGCCCCAGACUGAUAUAGGGGUAUUGUAUGUUCAAGGCCUGCUGGGAACCUUUGAUGAGACCCUGUCUCAAAAAGUAAAAAGAACCAAGGCUAUCGUUGAGAGUUCAAUCCCUUGUAAUUCAAAAAAGUCAAGAGGAGGCCCUGAGAAACCUAGGGUGCAUAAUUGCUAAGACAACAGAUGUGUCUAACAGAACCAAGCACUGUUGACACACUUUACCCUGCUUUCUGUCCUCAGUUCAUGGUUUUCUGCUAAAUAUUACCAAAAUAUUCUUGUUUUCUUCUUAAUACUUUUGCUGGUUAUAUCUAGAAAUAAAGAACUGUAUUGUCUUCAGCCCUCGGUGUGAAGAAGCCAGACACCUGCCUGUGCCUCUAGCAUUUGUUGGUGCCAAGUAGCUUGCUUGUUUCUGCUGGAGAAUGUGACAGCCUUGGGCAGAAGAAUUUCCUAUAGAUUUCUUUUCUUUAAAGAGUGAGCAGCCAAAGGUGAAACACUCCAAAACACCUAAGUAUAUUCCUGUGUUAAAUCCUUUCAGAACUAGUUUUAUGAUACUAGGAACUGAACCUGGGGCUAGCUUAGACAUGCCAAGCAGAUGCUGUACCACUGAACUGGUAUCUUUAUAUGCCCCAUGCCCCGACACACUCCAUUUUGUUGUUAUGGUGUUUGGUUUUGGUUGGUUGUUUUUUGUUUUUUUUGUUUUGUUUUGUUUUGUUUUUUGUUUUUUUUAAAUACAGGGUCUCUGUAGCCCUGGCUGUCCUGGAACUCUAUAGAGCAGUUGGCCUAACCUCACGAUCCAUUUACCUCUGCCUCCUACGUCCUGGGAUUUAAAAGUUACCUUGGCCUAUUGUUGUCCUAGCUGUCCUGGAGCUAGCUAGCUCUUGUCUGGCUUGGAACUCAGAGAGAUCUGCCUGCCUCUGCCUCCCAAGUGCUGGGAUUAAAGGUGUGUGCCAGCACCACCCGGCGGUGGUGUUUUAAAGACAAGUCUCAUAUACCAGGCUAGCCCCAACUUGUGAAUUCUUUUGCUUGUUUGUUUAUUUGUUUUUUGUUUUGUGCCACCACCUCCAGGCCUGACCUUGAAUUCUUGAUCCUUCUGCCUCCACCUCCCAAUUUCUAGGUACGUACCUUUAAUCCCAGCAUUUAGGGUUGGAUCUCUGAGUUGGAAGCCAGCCUGGUCUGUAUAGUGAGUUCUAGGCCAGCCAGAGCUGCAUAGACCCUAUCUCAAAAGGAAUAUAAAGAAAAGGUUACUUAGACCAGCUUUGAAUUUAGGGGUUUUUUUUGGUUUGGUUUGAUUUGGUUUGGUAUCAGUUGUGUGGCACCAUGCCUAGCUCAAAAAAAAAUUUUUUUAAGUUACUUAUUUUAUGUAUAUUAGAUUUCUGUCUGCAGAUGUGCUGGUUCCCCAGGAGAGUUCCGUAUCCCCUGGGAUAGGAGCGAGCCACUCUGGGGGUUGACUGCGGAGUCAUCUCCUCCCCAGCUCCUCAAAUCAUGUUUUUUAUUUGUUUGUUUGGUUUUGUUUUUUGAGACAGAGUUUCUUUGUUUAGCUCUGGGUGUCCUGGAAGUCACUUUGUAGACCAGGCUGGCCUCUCACAGAGAUUUACAUCUGCCUCCUUAGUGAGGAGAUCAAAGGCAUCGUGCACCACCACCACCUGGCUCUAAACACCUUUCUAAUGCUGGAUUUCUUUUCUCUUUUCCUUUUCCCUUCUUCUCUUUCUGUGUAGUCCUGGAUGUUUCUUACUGGGUCUGCCCUCUAAUAAGCAUGUUGCCAAGUGUAUUUUGCCAGGCUUACACAGAAGCAGGAGUGAACUGGGUGACUGACCAACUUGACAUUGUCCAGUUCACGUUCCACAUUACAUACAUCAGUAUUGAUUGCAUUCAACAAACACCCUUGCCCCUCAGAGAACCUUGGCAAUGGUGGUGUGGGAUGAGUUGAUCAUUACAGUUUUGUAUAAUAAAUACUACACAUGCAUAUUAAUUUCUGAUCGGGGCAGAAACAAGCAUGUAUAUAAGGACACAUCUUGAGUGGGCAAUUUAGUGUAGAGUGCUGAUGGGGCAUUCAUGAAGCCUGGGUUCCCACAGGAAAACCCUGGAGUAGUAGGGCCAUUAACUGGUUCAUCUAUGAGAAAAAACUAUGGUCUUGGAUAAACUGAGUUAACUGGCCAUGGGAGCAUUGCAGAAAAUAAAACUAAGUAAUAGAAAUGCUAUCAUUACCAAGAGGACACAGAUGAGUGGACAUUGAGAACCUUCAGCUCGUUUGGACUCUGCCAAAACAUUCAUGACCGUGCUCACUUUGCUGUGCACAGCAUCACCUGCAUAUUAUGUGCUGUGUUAUGGGUCUUUCUGGAUAUUUCUUCUUCGUGGGCAUUUUAGCAAGUUGUUCAUACUCCUCAAUUUUUCAUCCCUUUUGGAGAAAUCAACAUAGGGUUGGCUUUAAAGCCCAAAGCAAGAGGCUUUGUUAGAAGGAAGCUUAGGGGAUGGGAUGUCCACUUCUGGGCCAAGGGGCUUUGUUAAAAGAAAGCGUAGGGGAUCACCUCGGGGCCAAGCAGUGCCAGAGUCAGUCCUAAGCAGCACCUGUGUCACCCACGUAAAAACCUCCCCAGAAAUGUGUGUCCUAGCUCCUCAGACGAUCUGUCCAGGGGGUGCACCAGGAGGCCUUCCUACUUGAUGGACUCAUAACGUGAGAGCAGAAGGGAAGGAUCUUGGCUCUGCCUCGAUAACUGACCUUGGGGGUCAGAAUUCCCAGGAAUUCAACUAACUUGUACAAGUUAAAAGGUGAAGUUUCUUGUUUCUUUUUGCUUAUGCUGAAGUUUAUGAAUUUUAAUCUACCUCAUCUUAUUUUUGUGUUGCCACUUGAGCAUCAAGCUUGACUUUGAUCUAAGAUGGUAUCUCUUUUGUUCAUUGAUAGUUCAUUCUCUUGCCUUUUCUCUUGACCCUCAUUUUACCUAACAUUAUCUCUUAGUGCUCCUGUCAGAAAUCUGUUUUAAAUCUUUUUAUGGGAAGAAGGCAAUCCACCAAUGCUGUUUGUCUCUGAGUCAGCAAGAGAAGGAUUUAACACAGUGGUGGAGGAAGGGCAGAUCUUGCACUGGAGGCAAAAGCUGACAAGAAAGGAGCCAUUAAUUAAAGACAAUUUCAAAGUCAACUGAUUGUGAUCAUUAAUGUCAUAAUAGAUCAAAACCUAAUUAUCACAGCCUAGGUAAGAGCCAUCAGUAUUAAUCGGAAAGUCUAAUAGGAAACUAUUAUCAAGAAAUUAGGCCAAAUGGAAUGCAAUGAAUUUUUUAUCCUUUUCUUUCCUCUCUCCCUCUCCCUCUCUCCCUCCCCCUCCCUCCCUCUCUCCCUCUCCCUCCCCCUCCCUCCCUCUCUCCCUCUCCCUCCCCCUCCCCCCUCUCUCCCUCCCCCUCCCCCCCUCCCUCUCUCCCUCUCUGUCUCUCCCUCUCCUGUAAUGUCCCUUGGCAUUGGCAACUGUGACACUAAUAGUUGGUCCAAGCUCAAAUUGAUGCUUUCACUUUUAAAGACCUAUUUUUUUUCUUUUUAGUAGCCCAGACUGGCCACAGUGCUUACAGUUCUGCCUCAGCCUCCAGAGCACUGGGAUUAUGAGGCGGUGUGUGUAUUCGGGCUUGUGUGUGUGUUGGGAGGGGGUUGUUGAACUCAGGGCCUUCCACAUUCUAGACAAGUGCUCUACCACUUAGCGAUAUUCUUAGCUCAGAGGGUUUUGUCUGUCAGGGGAGUUUCCAGUCAAGCUGAAUCUGAGCUGUCAUUGCUGAAACACAGCCCUUGAAUUUCCAUCAUCUGAACUUGUCCAGUACAGUCAGCCCUAGUGGGAAAUCUCCACUGUCGUCAAGUCUUAGCGUGCCCAUGGUGAAACAUUGUGCUGCUGUGCCAUCCUUCAAGUCCUUGACCAGUGUAGAGGCUGUGGGAGGAAGGGGAUGUCCUGCUUUGAAAUUCUCCAAGAACUCUUAAAAAAAAAAGUUUCCUUGUGUGGCAGCAUUCUCAAAUUCCAGGAACGUUAGGAUCUGAUUCUCAGCCAGCUCUGGCAGUGGUUCCCCCUCCCAUAGUUUUAAGAUAGGAACAUAUGCUUUCCCACUAGAAUUUUAAGGGUUGGGGAAGACCUCAGCUGGUUUCUGUUCACCUUGGUGGUUUAUUUCUGUUUUCCUUCUGUGUUAGAAGUUAAAUCUCUGGCAGCAGGAGGAGCCAUCACUACCUGACAGCUGUUUGUGAAGACGCCACUCUCUUGGGUGAGAGGAGGUAGACUGGAGUGCUGUUCAGCUUUGGGCGUCACAGGAAGAGAGCAGACAGUAGAGCCAUGACAGGUGUUGCCUGCUGCACUUCAGCUGAUCCUGCUUAGGGGCCAUGCUGCUUGCUGGAUUUUUAGAACCUGAAUUACUCAGUAGAAGACUGAGAAAUCAAUGUCUUAAUCCUUCACUUAACUGAAUUUUUGUGUUUAAAAUGCAACCUAAUUUUCAAAAUAGCACUAGGGUGAUCUUCAGAAGCAAGGCUCUUCAAGUUACUCCAGGUGAAUAACAGCCCGGCUGGGCCAAGUGAGGUUUUAAUGGAUACUGACCUUGCCAACGUCCCUACUGUGGCUUAGUGGCUGACCUUGGGCAAGUCUUUCCUUCCAAUGCCUCAGUUCCCCAUCUGUCAAAUGGGGUGAUAAUAUUGACCUACCUCAUGGGAUGUCGUGAGGCAUUACAGAUCAGAACUGACGACUCCUUUGGGGUUGCCUGUGGAGGAUGCCUCGACAUUUUUUAUCCUCACUGAGCUGUUUCCAGGUUCGGAAGUACUUAGUGACCUUGGCGAGUUUCUGUCUCCCACCCUCAUCAAAGCUGCUAGUUGAGAUGUUGACAAUGCUUUGUGAAUGUUGGAGUCUCGACAGUUCUGACUGCCUUGGGAUGGUAGGGGGUAGGACUAGGGUGUGUGUGUGUCUUGCAUUCACGAAGAGGCUGUUUGAAACCCAAGAGUCUUUGGUUAGGAAAUCAUGAAGCAUGAAUGUUUACUGCAUGUCUUUCUCUGUAGGUUGGGUUAAGGUCCUGUUCCUAUGGACUUACAACCACUACUGAGUGUCUCAUGAGCAAAGCAUUUUGUUGUAUUUUCCAGACUGAUCCCAGGACAGUGAGAUCACUGCUCCUCCAUGCUCCUAAUCCUCUGCUGUUCACAUAAAACAGAUGGUUUUCAGUCAGUAUAACCUGCCAUUGGACACCAAAAAAGAGCUACUUUGGAAUUUUUUUUUUGAAACAGGUGUUAACAUUUAAAAUUGAGCAUUGGUUCUCAAGGCUUCAUCCAGUUCAAUGUGUGUGGAGUCUGUCACCUCUUUCCCAGUGUCCAGUCCAACUCUGAUUGAGGGCAUCUUGGACACUUGUUUGCACACUUAUGGGUUCAAGAGCCUUACCCUUUCCGUCUCAUUUAGGGGUAAGGCAGCCAGCCCGCAGCUUUUCCCAACAGGGCUCUUUGCCAUCCCCCUCCUUGACUCUGGAUUGGUGACUCAUGAAAAGCACAAGGUCCUGGUAUCCUGAAGGCCCACACUCCAGUUCUGUUCCAUGUUCUCUGCUCCUAAUAGGGGUCCUGGGCACGGGGAGCAAUCUCAUGACCUGCCAAGUAGUAACAAGCAGUUGCCUUGCCCCUGCCUGCUGGCCGUGUUCCCACUUUCUCACAGAAUGAGCUUCCAGAGACCCUAGAGACUGGGUUUCCUCAGCAGUGUGCCAUUCUGAGUAGGAAGCAGGCCAUACCUUGUUGCUGGAUGUCUGAUUAGAAGUGAGACAUUGAAUUCUCAAUGAACUUUUGGUUGUGGGGGAGUUUGGGUUGUUUCUUGGUUUUAUUUCAGCCAAACUUUUCUGCUUUUGAUUUCUUUAAAGUAUAAGUGGUCUAUAUAUAUAUAUAUGUAUGUCUGCAUUUUAAGUGUAAAUGGUUUAAAAAACACAUGUCUUUUUACAACUGACAUUCAAUUCAGACGCCAUUCUUUCCCUU